GCCGAGCGACCGAGCACCCCGAUUGUCCCCAGCUCGGUCCCGGUCUGCGGAGAGCGAUGCCGCUUCCCGACACCAUGUUCUGCGCGCAGCAGAUCCACAUUCCGCCGGAACUGCCGGACAUCCUGAAGCAGUUCACCAAGGCCGCCAUCCGCACCCAGCCCGCCGACGUGCUGCAGUGGUCCGCGGGAUAUUUUUCAGCUUUGUCAAGAGGAGAUCCACUUCCUGUAAAGGAAAGGAUUGAGAUGCCCGUGGCAACCCAGAAAACAGACACAGGCCUGACUCAAGGACUCCUUAAAGUUUUGCACAAGCAGUGUAGCCACAAGCAGUAUGUGGAAUUAGCAGAUCUUGAGCAGAAGUGGAAAAAUCUGUGCCUGCCAGUAGAAAAAUUCAGAGCUCUCUUACAACUGGAUCCUUGCGAAAAUAAAAUGGAGUGGAUAAAAUUUUUAGCGCUUGGAUGUAGCACACUUGGUGGGUCGAUAAACACUGCAAUGAAGCACCUUUGCGAGAUCCUCACCACUGAUCCGGAGGGCGGGCCUGCCCAUAUCCCAUUUGAGACUUUUUCCUACGUCUACCAAUACUUGGCUGGAUUAGACUCGGACAUUCCUCCCGCAGAGACGGAAUCCUAUCUUGCUACCUUAAAAGAAAACAUAAUAUCUAGGAAGAAUGGCCUCAUAGGACUUGCAGAUUUCUUUGUUCCAAAGAGGAAAAUUUAGAAAACCUCAAAAAGAAAACUCUGAAGACAUAGGUCAUUAAUGCAGAUA